CCUCUUUCUGCUGGGAGCGGGAUGGAGGCAAUGGCGCCUGCGCCGGCCCUUGACGACGCGUCGUCUGUCGCUCUGCAGAGGGCCUUGGCGACGCGUCCUGAAGGGCCUGGUCUCCCCGCUGAGGCCAUGAAACUGACCAGGAAGGUGGUCCUCUCCCGGGCGAAGGCCACCAGCCUCAGCGGAGUCCGGAAGCUCAAUUGCUGGGGCAGCCGAAUCACAGAUAUUUCAAUCUGCUGUGAACUUCCCAACGUUGAGGUGAUGACACUGAGUGCAAAUAACAUCUCUGAUCUGGAGCCAAUGAGUCAGUGCCUGAACUUAACCGAACUUUAUCUCAGGAGGAACAGUAUUGCUAGCCUCCAUGAACUGUUCCACCUGAAAAAACUGCCACGCCUGAGGGUCCUCUGGCUCUCUGAGAACCCCUGUUGUGUCUCUGACACUCAUCACUAUCGGAUGACAGUGCUGCGCAACCUCCCCAAUCUCCAGAAGCUUGAUAAUCAGAUGGUGACAGAAGAAGAACUGUCCCAUGCACUACUGGAAGGGGAGGAAAUAACAGCACCCCCAUCCAAGGUGGACACAGAUCACUGCUGCCAAAACUCUACUGUUGAAUCCAGGGUGACAGAUUCUACAAUGGAGAAUGAAAAUGAACUCACGAACUUCAGUUUGGAAGAAACAAAUAAAAUUCGCGAACAGCUUGGUAUGAAGCCAGUUGUUGCAAGAGAUAAGUUUACUUCCCUCUUACCAAGAGAGAUUGAUGGAAACCAAAAAAAACGGAACAACAUCCUCAAUGCCAUCCUGCUGCUUCUAGAAGAGCUUGAUUCAGAGGGACUUGAUGUUGUCCAUCAAACUGUUGGUAACAAAAUCCAAGCCUUGCAGAAGAAGGAACUCCAUGAGGACCGAUAGCACAUCACAGUAGCAGUUUUGUGGGUCAGUGGAACUUGCAUCCACAGGCAUGGCUGCACCCUCAUGCUGCUGGCCAUUGUGUGGAGCUGUGCAACAGAGUACAGGAAGAAAUAAUAUGCAUCCCCUGUCUGUCUUGCAUCAGGACCCUGCUGUUGAACAAGCUUUCAGCUGCAGCCACAACUUAACAAGCAACUGCUACUCUGUACUCCACUAAGGCACAACAGGGAAAACAGACAUGCACAGAGUUACAGCAGGUAGCUGUAACAUGGAAAAGGGAGAGGGGAGACAGUUCUGGCCCUACUUUUCUGCUAGUGCCUGCUGGGUAGAAGAAUCACUCCUAAAUCAGAUGUCGUUAUGUCUGAGCUUUAGCUGACUUCCUUAGCAUGAUGUUUUCUUGCGUAUUAAUACUGGAGCAAGAGUAAACUUCAUACUGCGAUACUCCAGUACUGAGAAGCUUUUGACAGUAAAUUUGGGCACAAAGUCAAGUUCUAUUUUUAAAAAUCACUGAACCUUUAAAUUUGGUGGCGAGCUUCCAGCUUUGAUCCACUAGCUCUCCUCCUCUGCAUAGUGGGGUGGACUUGAUGAAAAUAUAAUCUACCAACUAAUCUUGAAGUUUGUUUGAAUUUUUGUUUUUAUUCAAUAAGAAUUCUGUCUUGCAGCUUUGGAUGUCUGCCUCAGCCUUCUCUGAUCACUUGUCAGUUUAGUCCCCACAGUAGCCUUAAAAAAGUAUAAGGCUAUCUAAUUGCACUGAUGUGGAAGGAAAUGAGUAGAUGGUGCAGAGUAAGCAAAGUGAUUUUGGUUUCAGAAAUGGCAUUAAAGUCAGUUACCAAAGACCUACAGACUUAGUAUGAUUCAUCUCAUUGUGUGUCAUUAAGAAGCUGCAUCUAAUGCAGGGAACACAUUAUGAAUUGAUGCCUUUAAGAAAUUCAUAAGCAGUGUGUUCUGACACAUCCUCGCCCCAAAGAGUUAUGGUUAUAGGUCUUGUGGGUUUUAAAGUAGAAACAUUUUCUUGUAAUUACAUGUUUGUUUGUUUUAAAAUUAUGAUUACUCCUCUUGACUCCAUGUCUGUAUGAAUCAAAUCAUCUGUGGUAAAUUCCACUAGUUAAUUUUUAUGUAAUUCACAAUCCACCUUGCCAACAAAGCAUGUUCAAGCUGGCUAACGAUAAUAAAAUAAUAUAAAAAUAAAUGCAACAAUAAAAAGCA